UGUGUGUGUGUGUGUGUGUGUGUGUGUGUGUGUGUGUGUGUGUGUGCGACAGAAACCGUUGAAUCUCAGUUGACUGUGAGACUUAGAGAUUGAAGACAGCAGGUUUUGGAGCUCCUCACGUAACACAACCGCCUGCCAGUGGAAAUGAUCGAGUGAUUUAAGUGUGUGUGAUGGCAGAGCUCCCGUCCGGACUGCUGGAGGCAUGUGUAGUGGUUGGAGCCCCCAGCGAUAAGCUUCGAGACAUAUACCAGCUCCAUCAGCAGGGUAAGUUAAAUGAACUCCUCCUGCUGGAAGCUGAGGUACUACAGGUCCAUGCCCCGCCCUUUGUUUCCAAGGAGACGAACUCCAGCCAGUCGAUUGGUCCAGCGUUCAGUCGUGUCCAGAGGAGGAGGAGCUUCAUCAAGAAGAAGCGGCGAGAUCGGGCUGCAGAGGCGUUGCUUAAUGGAGAAACAGGCAAUCGUAGUGAGGUGUCCUCAGCAACAGAGGACAUCAGUGUUCCAAAGGAUCUGGACCUCAUCGCCCUGCCGCAGCUGUGUUUCCCUGGUGGCCUCCAAUUAGCCAAUGAGCCGAGAGAAGACACUUAUCACUUCCUGGUUUUCACUGACCUUUUUGGGAACCGAACCCAUGGAGUUGUUGUGCAGUACUACAGAGCUGUACAGUCCUGUCAGGAAGGUGCUGUCCAGAAUGGCCACAGGUGGAAUGCAUCAAAGUGCCGUCUCUAUACACCCUUCGCUGUGUGUGUCAUCUCCAAGUUCCCCUACUAUAAUGCUCUGAGAGACUGCUUGUCAUGCCUCCUGGUCCAGUUGCGGCCUGCAAGACAAGCUGACUUCGAGGAGACAAUAAAGGAAUUUUCAGCCAAGCUGUCCCUGGUCCCUUUACCACCUCCUGGACAACUACAUGUGUCCUUCAGCCUUCGUCCCCUCCAUGUGGUUCUUCCAUCAAAGCAGGAUCAGGAAAGCCCUGUUAUUGACAUCGACCUGCAUCUACCUUUCCUCUGUUUCACGCACACAACACUGCUCCAGGUGCUGUCCUGUCUCCUUCAAGAACAGAGGCUAGUAUUCUUCUCUGCUGACUGGGCCAGACUCACUCUGGUUGCAGAGAGUUUGCUGUUGUACCUGCAGCCUCUGUCCUGGCAGCAUCCCUAUGUUCCUGUCUUGGCUAGUGGAAUGCUGGACUUUCUCAUGGCUCCUACAGCCUUCUUGAUGGGCUGUCACAUCAGUCAUUUUGAAGAGGUUGCUGCAGAGACAGAAGAACUAAUCCUGGUGAAUAUUGAUGAUGGCAUCAUUCAGUCGUCAUGGUCUGAAUCCCUUGACCUACCAGCUAUCCCUCUGGCUGCUGCGGAGAGUUUUAUGUCAAGGGCAGAGUCUCUCCAGCUUCACUAUGACUUGGAGAUGUGUCACCUUGGUGCGGGCACUGAUGCUAAUGCCCUGCGAUGCCAACGCAGAGACUGGCAGACACGCCUUAACACACAGAUACAAAACAUCACUCUGGAACUAGUGGUCAACAUCUUCAGAGGCGUCCAGGACUUUCUAAACCAUGAACACCGAGUUUUUAACAGUGAGGAGUUUCUGAGGACCAGGGAGCCAGCAGACCAGUCCUUUUACAAGAAGGUGUUAGACACUCAUAUCUUCCACUCAUUCCUGCGAGACAGGCUGAACAGGAAACGGGACACCUUCAGCCACAUGGAGCAGAACACACGUAACCAUGCACAGAGGAAUCGUGCCAUGACAGAGUCUCCUCGGCGUCCCCCCAUGUCUGAACUGUCCAGGACUGGCUACACCAACUACACCAGCCCUCAUAACAGACUGAGCAAGAGGCUCGGAGCCAGCCUGCCUAACCUGGAGCAACCUGCCAAUGACACCGUUUCUACCAUCACCUCCAACAGACCAGCCUCCUUCAGGAAGAUGACUCCUGAUAUCGGGUUGAAGUUUCCUCAGAAAGCAGUGAAGGUUUUCCGCCUCCCAGAAUUCCCCCCUCCGUUGGCUUAUCAUUAUGUCCAGAACUAUUACUCUGACAUGGUUGCUUCCCUGGGAAGGGCUAUUAAUACUACAGCACCUGAUGAGUCUGCUCUGCUGGCCAGGUACCACUACCUGCGAGGUUUGGUGAACACUGUGUCCAACAGGCGCCUGGAUGCACUAGAGGACUUCCAGAGUCUUUAUAAGACUGACUCUGAUAUCUUUCCUUCUCAGAUGGUUAAGUCACUGGUUGACUCUCUGCCAGAAGCUGAACGUUCACAGGCGGACAAACGGUCAGAACUGAAACGGCUCAUCAGUCGGGUCAAGAGGGACCAGGAGCGGGAACGCGCCUGCAACGGCAACGGGCACGAGGAAGGCGCCGUAAAACGCUUCCAGCUGCCCAAAAAAUACAUGCAGAUGGAGGAGUUUGUGAAAUGUAUCCAGGAGUCCGGCAUAGUAAAAGACCAAGGAUCCAUACAUAGACUCUUUGAUGCUCUUACUGUAGGUCACCAGAAGCAGGUUGGUCCAGAGUUGUUUAGAGUCUUCUACACCAUCUGGAAAGAGACUGAGGCCGAGGCACAGGAGGUGUGCUUGCCAGCGUCUGUCUUGGAGCACAUUGAGCCCAGUGAGUGCGUCUUCAAGCUGUCCUCCUCUGUCAAGACGAGCCGCGGCGUGGGGAAGAUCGCUAUGACACAGCGGCGGCUCUUCCUGCUGACCGAUGGACGACCGGGAUAUGUGGAAGUGGCACAGUACCGAGAUUUAGAGGAGGUGAAAGUGUCUUCAGCUCCCUUCCUGCUGUUGCGAAUCCCGAGUCUGAAGUUGCGCGUUCGGGGCAGGAAGGAUGCAUUCGAGGCCAAUUUAAAAACGGAAACUGAGCUAUGGAACUUGAUGGUCAAAGAGAUGUGGGCCGGGCGCAACAUGGCUGACCAACACAAGGACCCCCAGUACAUGCAGCAGGCUCUGACCAAUGCCCUGUUAAUGGACGCAGUAGUGGGCAGCCUUCAGAGCAGUAAGGCCAUCUACGCUGCCUCGAAGCUGGCUCACUUUGACCGCAUCAAGAUGGAAGUGCCGAUGAUGGUUCCCAAGACAACCUCAGAGACAUUAAAGCACAAAAUUAACCCCUCGCUGGAACUUGCUGCACCUCAGGCUGUGGAUGUACUUCUAUACACACCAGGUCAGUUAUGGGUGUCUGUGAGCGGGGGGAAGGUGAUGGUGUUUGAUGCCUCCAGCUGGUCCCUCACACACACCUGUCACGUUGGGAAUGCAAGACUGAACUGCAUGCUGGGAGUUGAUAAGGACCAGGUCUGGAUGGGCUCUGAGGACUCUGUCAUCUACAUCAUCAGCAUGGUGGCCAUGGUCUGUAACAGACAGCUGACUGAACACAGGGCGGAGGUCACUGGACUGGCACUUGAUACAGACAAAUACAGCCAGAAGGUGGCGUACUCCUGCAGUGCAGAGGGAAGCGUCAUGGUGUGGGACGUCUCGACACUACAGGUGAAGAGGCAAUUUCGCCUCUCCUGCGACCGUCUGCAGUCGGUCUCCAGCCUUAAUGGAACGCUUUGGUGCUGCUCCAGGGACAGUAUAAUGGAGGUGUGGAGGAACGGUUCAGUAAAACAUCGUAUGAAUUUGCCAGAGCAGCCAGGACCGACAAGAGGAUCCACAGCUGCAUUCAGCUCUGUACUGCUGUUACCUGAGAGGGAGGAGCUGUGGAGUGUUUGUGUGGACUCAGGAGAAGUGUGUAUUUGGAACAUUAAGGACACUAGCAAACCGUUCCACCGCGUGGCUCUGCAGGACUGCACCGGAUGUUACUGCAUGAUCAAAGUUAAAAACCAGGUGUGGGUUGGCGGUGUUGGCCGCAGUUCUACCAAAGGGAAGAUUUACAUCCUGGACACAGAGCGCCACCAGGUCCAAAAGGAGCUUCACGGCCACAACGACAAGGUGACGGCGCUCUGCUCCGCCGAGGAUCGAUACGUCCUCAGUGGAGCUGCCAAACACGACGGAAAGAUUGCCAUCUGGAAGGUGGAGUAGAGCCAUCGGCUGCCUGGAAAUGGACAACUAUUAAAGUUGGAGUUGUUAACGCCAUCGUGCUGUGAACUAACAAAAGGACCGCAGGUUGAGAAUCUGUGGGAAAAGGAGUGAAGAUCUGUGUUUUUGGAAACCUCGACUUCAUGCUGCAACUCAGAGCUAUGAAGGAAUCAUGUGAAGCAAUAAGUUUACGUAAAGUGACACCAACUGAGCAGCUUCUGCCGCCUGCUAUGAAGUGGUGAUUAGAAAUACUAACAGUACUAACACGUUAUUUUUUCGGGAGUAUGAAGGACAAACGAAGACUGAAAAAAAGAGAAGUGGACGCAGUUUCUUGUUGGAUAUGUUUUGUUUUUCUUUUAAUCCAAAGUUCACUUUACUAAAGGUUUAUACAUUUUCAGUGUUGUCAUACCAUUCCUUAUUUAAUGCUCUACCUUAUUUUGUAGCGAGUCCAAUCACACUAGUAUUAUGUGGGAACAUUGUGUGACUGAGCCUCUCCUCCAGCUGUGUUUUUGAGGUGGGUCUCUGCAUCUCAAAGGAGUCAAACUACCCUGAAAACAAAACCUGUGAUUGCAGAUUUCACCACCACAGUGGGGAGGGAAAGCCCUGAAAAAUAUUUUGAUGGAAGUUAUCCUUUAACGGACAAUGUACAGUGAGGGGGUGACGAGAAAUGUGAUGAAAGAUGAAACAAAAUUAGGAGCUGGACUCAAACAUGUGAAACAGUGAUAUGUGUGUUUCAAAGCAUCUCAAGAGAAACACGUUUUAGUCCUGAGUGGAAUUAGAUUUUUUUAAAAAAAAACACAUGAAAUAAGGACUAACAGUGGCCUGCAGUGUUUCGCACUUAUUGUAUAUCUUUAUCAAAUACUUCAAUACCUCAUUGUUAGACAAAGUUUCUACAUUUUUCUCUAUUUAUUUCCCUACAAGAUAAGUUUUUAUCUGUAUUCCCGGGUUAACAAGUAAAGGCAAAAUGUUUUCGACAGAAGAUGUGGAAGCUUUAUCAAAAAAUUCCCGGCUAUAAAAUGCUUUAUGCAUAUUAAAAAUGUAGUUAUUUAUACUUUUAAGUAUAAAAAAAGGCUUAAAUUUCCUCUUAUAUGUUGAAAUCUAUUUAUAAUCUGUAGACAUUUGUGUUCUGUGCAUUUUAUAAGGAGUAUCUGACUAGUUUUUAUUACAGAAGUGUUAUUUUCAUUAAGUGAAACAGUACAACUGAACUCUUUUUGUUUUUUGUAUUUUUACCUUUUUCUAUCUUUUACAGCCUGUUUUUCUCUUCAAAAAGUUAACUUUCUGGGACACUUGAACAAUCAGAGUUAAGAAGUCGACACUAUUGUUUCACAAAAAGUAUCACAAGUGGUGUAAUUUGGUUCUUAUCACCAUUCAAAGGUUCAAUUUAUCUUUUAUUGUGUACACUGUAUAUAAAUAGUGAGCAUAAAAUAUAUUCCUCUUGUAAACUAAACUGGUGAAAAACAACCACUGACAUAUUUUGUGUUUUUUUUAAAUGAAUAUUGUCACUUUUAUAAAACUUGAAAUGUAUAUGAAACUGUAUAAUAUCUCCAACCUUUUAUCAAGAUUUUCUAACAUUUAACCGGCAGUGAAUAAAGCAAAUACACCUUUUCAAA